UGUCUGCAGUCUGUGUGGGACCUUGCAGACAGAAACUAGUCCGAGUCUCUGAGAGUGCUGCAGUGAGAGCAGCUCGUGAACACACCCUGCAGCAUCCUGCAGACCAUCCUCACACACGCGCACACGCAGAGUCCUCUGAUACACACCUGCACUGACAUCAGAGAUAAACGGCUGCAGCAGCACGAUGGCUCAGAAUGACAAAGACCCGAUGCCUCCGGUGGGGAACCUCGCCCCGGGACAGCUGCAGAGUCUGCUCAAGAUGGAGCCCAAGACUCUUGGAGCGAUCCAGGUGGUUAUCGGGGGUCUGAUUCUGUGUCUGAGUGCAUCUGUGCUGCAGAUCCAUGAAGUCCACUUCACAGGAGACGUGGCCCUCUUCCUCAUUGUGGUCAUACAGGUGACGUUGUCUGGAUCGGUGUUGAUCCACAGCGGGAGGAGACCGACUCUGUUCUGGGUGAAAUGCGUCCUGAUCCUUCAUCUCAUCAGUGCGGCGUUCGCCACAGCUGCUCUGGGUCUGAUGUCCAAACACCUGCCCUACCGCCAGGACUCGUACCACUGUGAACACUGCCGCAAGCUUGAGCUGCAUGCCGUGCAACAUUGUUUCAGGAAAUGCACCGGGCUGAUCGAGCAAAAGUGUAAACUGUUGAUCGACGGGAUCCUGGGGACGCUGGUGAUCUUCCUGGUCCUGGAGCUGCUCAUCUGCAUCACCGCCAUGCUGUUUGGACUCAGUGUCCUCGCCGCUGGUGGAACAAGGAGUCCAAGCCAGAGACCUGUCUACCCACAGAGUCGCCCCCCACCUGUCCCAGCUGUUGAGGCUGCUCCAGCUGUUUAUGUUGCUCCAGCUGCAGCCGAGCCAUGUCAGCAGGUCGAGGUGGUUGUGACUGAACCAGACUCAGAUCAGGUGGAGGACAUCUCGACUCCACCCACUGAACCUCAGGUGGAGCCCAUAGAAUCCUCAGUUCCCUGAACUCAACACACACACACACACACACACACACACCCUGCUCGCUGUGGUGUCAUGUCAUGUCAGUGGAGAUAUGGAGGUCACUUCCCCAUAUUUACACAGCGGCCAUUUUCCUCUGAUAACCCAGCGUGACACGGUGUCCUGGCCGACCAACAGCUGGUACGACCUACAUAGAACAUACUGGCCAACAAAACAUUUAAUGAAGCAGUUCCUUUACCUGCGCAAAGAUUUCAGGAAGAUUUUACUGUCCGUCUCCCAUCCAUGUGU